AUGGUCGAUGCUUCCGGAUCGGACAGGGCGGAAGUUGGCGACGCCAAGGCCGACACCCACAAGCGCAAAUUCGCUCGCGAUAGCAGAAAUGGGGGCAAGUCAGCAACCAAGGCCGUCUACUUCGACAAGCUGAAGUCUCUUCUUGAGACUUACAAGUCCAUCUUCAUCGUCACCGUCGACAAUGUCUCGUCCCAGCAGAUGCACGAGAUCCGUCACGCUCUCCGUGGCGACUCGGUCGUCCUGAUGGGCAAGAACACCAUGGUUCGCCGUGCUCUCAAGGGCUUCAUCACCGAGGCUCCCGAGUACGAGCGUCUCCUUCCUCACGUCAAGGGUAACGUUGGUUUCAUCUUCACCAACUCCGACCUCAAGGACACCCGUGAGAAGAUUCUCUCCAACCGCGUCGCCGCCCCUGCUCGUGCCGGUGCCGUCGCCCCCGCCGACGUUUUCGUCCCCGCUGGUAACACUGGUAUGGAGCCCGGAAAGACCUCGUUCUUCCAGGCUCUCGGUGUCCCCACCAAGAUUGCCCGUGGUACCAUUGAAAUUACCACUGACUUGAAGCUCGUCGAGGCCGGCUCCAAGGUCGGUGCCUCCGAGGCCACCCUGCUCAACAUGCUGAACAUCUCGCCCUUCACCUACGGUAUGGGCAUUGCUCAGAUCUACGACCAGGGCCAGACCUUCGAUGCCAGCGUCCUCGACAUUGAGGAGAGCCAGCUCCUCAAGGCCUUCACCAGCGCCAUCACCACCAUUGCCACCAUCUCCCUGGCUGUCAACUACCCCACCCUUCCUUCGGUCAUGCACUCGCUGGUCAACUCCUACAAGAACGCCAUCUCGGUCGCCAUCGAGAUUGACUACGAGUGGGACGCCAUCCACGAGCUCAAGGACCGCAUCGCCAACCCCGACGCUUACGCCGCUGCCGCCCCCGCUGCCGGCUCUGCUCCCGCUGCUGGUGACGCCCCUGCCGCCGAGAAGGAGGCUGAGAAGGAGNGGUAA